AUGCGUGUAAUUGAAGUUCUGGUAUUUCAAUUUACCACAUAUUUCUUUAAGAACCAUCUCGAGUAUGGUACAAACAUCAACAUAGCCGAGUAUAAAGAUGGAGUUCGUCUAACUUUGAAUGGAAAAGGUCGUGUGUAUCCCGAUCACAUCAAGGAACACCUCUCGCUCGGUCGCUCUGUGCAAUUUGUAAACCCGCAGACAUUUGACAAUCGGGUCUGGUAUCUGUGUGAAGUUUUGCAAGAGUUGUUUGGCUGUUUCGUGGGAGCAAACACGUACUUGACGCCGCCCGGAUCAGCUGGUUUUGCCCCUCAUUGGGACGAGAUCGAUGCCUUCUUACUCCAGUUGGAAGGAAGGAAAUACUGGAAAGUGUAUGCUCCAGAUUCCAGGGACAAUGAAUUGCCGAGAGAACCUAGUGGCAAUUUCAAUGACGAGGAUAUGAAAAACCGUAAACCGACCUUUGAAGGAUGGAUCGAAGCUGGCGAUCUCCUUUAUAUUCCUCGUGGCUUUAUUCACAACGCUACAACUGAUGACAAUGUACAUUCGCUUCACAUCACUAUAUCGAGUGGGAGAUUAUGGUCUUUCGCGGAUCUUUUGGAGAAACUUGUGCCUGAAGCUGUAACAACCCUGGCAAAGAAUCGCUGGAAAAUGCGAAAAUCUUUGCCGGUAGGGAUGCUUGACAUGAACGGUGUAGCAGAGAUAGAUUACCGUCUGGAGGAGCAUUUUGAAGACGGGUGGAAAUCUAUAGUCGAUCGCCACAUGACUGCUCUGCGGAACUCACUGAGGGAAGUUUGUGACGGUGGCAUAGAUUUAAUGGCUCGUGCGUUUAUGAGAACUGCUUUGCCUCCUCUGCUUACCCCAGAAGAAAAGCAACACAGUGUUAUGGGUUGUGGGACAGACAUUCUCAACGGUGCUGUGAUGGAAUUCCGUCCGAGCACCAAAGUAAAGCUCAUUCGAAGGCAUGCUCAAAGACUCCUGUUUGAAAGUGAAGACAGCUGCUAUAUAGCUCAUCGAAUGGCUAAUUCUCGUCUUUAUGAAGGGCUUCCUGAGCAGACUUUCGAACUUCCAGUUGAGUUUGUAAGUGGAUUCAAUGCGCUGAGCAACAGCUACCCGGAAUGGAUGUCUCUUUCGGAAAUGCCUGAGGAAAUGAAUGGUGCUGAAGUGCAAGCACUCUGUCACCUUCUUUAUUAUCACGGAUUGAUUAUGGUUCAGCAGCUACCUGACAGAAUCAAAAGAAAGUCCAAAAAAGUGAAGGCUUGA